AUGACUGAGACUCCUAGUUCGAACGGUGGUGCCGAGACGCCCAAGACCUACACGGCCUUCUUCUAUGGUAACGUAACACAUGGCAUAUUUAUCUCCCGAGAAACCGAGGCCUCGACUCUUACGUUACGCCGCAUUCACGCUGACAAUAAGACGCAGAUGGCCUCCGAGGUCUUCUUCACGGUCUGUUUCCGUAUGGCCGACCCCCCGCAGGCACUCAAGUCCGAGUACACUUUCCGUCCUGCCAUCCUGCAUGGUUACUGUCGACGAAGGGUCAAGAACGCCGACUAUCCGGGUAUCGUACCUGAUGCCGAGCACACGGUGCGCGGAACCUACGUCACGGGUUUGACAGAGGCCAACCUCGUCAAGCUCGACUUUUUUGAGGGAAGCGAGUAUGACCGUCUACCGGUCAAGGUCAAGCUGCUGGAGAAGGUCGGGGUCGACAAGGGAGAAGGUAACGUCGAGGGCGCCGAAGUCGAAACCAACACGUACGUCUUCAGAGACAAAGCUUUACUCGAGGACAAGGAGUGGGAUUUCGACCACUUCCGCAAUGAGCGCAUGAAGCAUUGGACAAGGGAGGACUACUGCUUCUCUAGCGGCGAGCCGGCGGACGCCCUGGGGAAACUUGAGCUUCACGACCAGCCCUGGAGGCUUCAAAGGGAUGUAGCGGGUUGUUGGGGGCGGCAGCAGCUGUUGAGCAACUGUAAAGAGGCGUCCUUAGGCAACAGGGAGACAAUGCCACUCACUCUCAUGACAAGCUGA